AUGGAUGGAUGGAUGGAUGGAUUUAAGUGUGUUUAAAGUUAUGUCAAAAUUGGCACAAGCAUACUUUUAGUAUACCUUAUAUAUAUUUAUAUGUAGCACACUUAAUACUUAGUAUACUUAAAAUUUACAUAGGCAAAUGUAUGUAUAUUUGAAAUAUACUAAAGUAUAUAUAUUAUUUACUAAGGUAGCUCUUCCAUUUCGUGUCUGUUGAGUUUUUAAUAAGAGUCUCAGAAACUGUUUCAGUUGCUCAAACUUUAUGAAACACGUUUUUCAGAUCUCCACACUCAUUAACUCUAACUGACUGAGUGGACAACGCAUUUGGUAUGGUUUGAUGCGUUGUGUAACCAGAAAAAUAAUAAUAAAAUAAUAUGAAACCAGCGUGAUGCAUGACUGCGAGGAGAGCGUGAAAACUCCUCACUGGGCUGAACCUGCAUGAUGCUUCGGAUGUCAUCAGCCAUGAAGUAGCUUCAGCCGGUCCCUCCUGCGCCUGCUAGGAAUUAUUCCAUGGGCUGAUAACAUCUGAAGUGGGUGAAUGAAAAACAGAUAAAUGAAAAAAGGAAAACUGAAAAAGAAUAAAUGAAAAUGGAAAAUUACAAAAUGAGAAUUGGGAAAAUAAGGAAAUGUAAAAGGAUAGGCACAAAUAAAUCCGGGAAUAAAUAAAUGAAUAAAUAUAUGGUAAAUGGAAAUAAAGAUGCUACUUACUCAUUUAUUUAGGCUAAAAUGGCUCUCCAUAGCAGUAGAGCAAAUGAAUCUCUGUGGUAAACUCAGCCGCUUGACUCGGAUCUCAGAACGGCGCCGGAAUUCCCAUCAUGAAUGGAAGCCUCGCGAUAUCUCCAUUGUCCACGAAGGCUCUGUGACGUCACAAACACAAACAUCGGCGGAUGUGAUCGGUUCCGGUCCAGCUUAGAGUCUGACAGACAUCCACAGACACCAGAACCAGGGACUGUCCGAACCCCGGAACCCGGAGCUGCUGCUGCCGCGUGAGGAUGUCUGCCGGGAGCCGGAGCACGGAGCCAUGGGGAGGGUUCGACGACCAGCUCAUCCAGGAACAGCUGGAGGUCCUGGAACUCAAACGGACCACAGCCGGCCCGGUAUCAGAACCCGCUGUGCUGCGUCCUCAGGGCGGCGGCGCGGCGGUCAUCGACAUGGAGAACAUGGACGACACGUCGGGCUCCAGCUUCGAGGACGUGGGCGAGCUGCACCAGAGGAUGAGGGAGGAGCAGGAAGUGGCCGAGGAGGCGGCGGCCGCCGACGCCGACGGCGCUGACGACUUCCUUGGUGUGAAGGGGCUAAAAGGUCAGCUGGGUCGGCAGGUGGCGGACGAGGUGUGGCAGGCGGGGAAGCGGCAGGCGUCCAGAGCCUUCAACCUCUACGCCAACAUCGACAUCCUCAGGCCAUACUUCGACGUGGAGCCCGCACAGGUGCGCUGCAGGCUGCUGGAGUCCAUGAUACCUGUCCGCAUGAUCACCUUCCCCCAGAAGGUGGCGGGUGAGCUGUACGGCCCGCUGAUGCUGGUCUUCACCCUGGUGGCCAUCUUGCUGCACGGCAUGAAGACUUCUGGGACCGUCAUCGUGGAGGGCACCCUGAUGGGGACGGCCAUCGGGACGUGUUUCGGCUACUGGCUGGGCGUUUCCUGCUUCAUCUUCUUCUUGGCCUACCUGGUCAACGCUCAGAUCACCUUGCUGCAGAUGCUCUCCCUGCUGGGUUACGGCCUGUUCGGGCACUGCGUGGUCCUCCUGGUCACCUACAAUAUCCACUUUCACUUCCUGUUCUACGGCCUGUGGCUGCUGCUGGGAGGACUGUCCACGCUGCGCAUGGUGGCGGUGCUGCUCUCCCGGACGGUGGGCCAGACGCCACGGCUGCUGCUCUGCGGUUCGCUGGCGCUGCUGCACAUGAGCUUCCUGCUGUACCUGCACUUCAGCUACCACCGCAUCCUGGAAGGUCUGCUGGACUCUCUGGGAGGACCCGACCCGGCUGCCAUGGAGAGGGUGGCCCGAGACGUUCACCAGGUGACCCUGAACGCCACCGCCAGGAGCCUGGGGAGGGCCCAGUGAGGGACCGGUGACUGGGCCCAGUGAGGGACUGGUGACUGGGCCCAGUGAGGGCCGCUCUGCCCAGACCUUCUGGACCCGGUCCCCUUCAGCAGAACUUUGCCUCUGGUUCUCUGCUUCCUCUGUGUUUUUUUCUCCUUCUGCUCUCCAUCAUCUUUAUUAUUGUUUAUUAUUAUUAUCAUGUUGUUGUUUAUUACAGAUGGUCAGAUGUUGUGUUUGAGUCAGUUAGAAAUCAAACAUGUCAGUGUGUUCAACAUGUUAAUAAAGAUCUGAUUCCCAUCUACUGGUUCUGAA